AUGUCUAGUUCAUCAUCAUCAGCCUCUAGUGACGAUUACGAAUCAAACGAUUACGAAGUACUCAAUAAUGCUGUUACGCAAAUGAAUGUUGUUUUCAAUCCCCAAGCCAUAGGUGCGUGUCUUAACGUUAUCUUUGAAGAAGAAGAAAACCAACACCAAGAAGCGUCAAAUUCUUCAACACCCAAGUUUACUAGAAGGGUGAUCUUGCAAGAUCACGUGGGUGCCGCAAAGCUUUUAUACGAUCAUUACUUUGCGCCUAACUGCACUUACCCUCCUGAUAUGUUUUGUAGAAGGUUCCGAAUGCGAAAGAAAAUGUUUCUGCGCAUAGUGCGAGACAUAAACUCCUUUGAAAGCAGCGAACCACUACCGAAACACUUUCAGUUCUUCCACAAAGGCGCGACAGAUGCUAGUGGUCGUCCCGGUUUCAACAUUUUCCAAAAAUGUACUUCUGCUAUACACCAGUUAGCGUAUAGCUAUAAGGCUGAUGCUUUAGAUGAGUACUUGCAGAUGGCUCAAGAUACGGGCUACCAGUGUUUAGACGCUUUCUGCAAAUGUGUGAUACACCUGUAUCAACAAGAGUACUUGAGAAGGCCAACAGAAGCAGAUAUCGAGCGGUUAACUGCCAAACAUGAGCAGGUUCAUGGUUUUCCGGGAAUGCUUGGUAGCAUAGAUUGCAUGCAUUGGGGUUGGAGGAACUGUCCGGUGGCAUGGCAAGGGAAGUACACCCGAGGCGACAAGGGACAUCCAAAAAUCAUGCUUGAAGCGGUUGCUUCAUAUGAUUUGUGGGCUCCUAAAGUAGAGUUUUCGGUUAAUGGGGAGCAAUUUACAAAGGGAUAUUACCUAGCAGAUGGUAUUUAUCCAGAAUGGGCUACUCUUGUUAAGUCAUUCAAGUGCCCGAUGGAGCCGAAAACCACCAAGUUCAAAAGAUACCAAGAAGCUGCAAGAAAGGAUGUUAGGCGUGUAUUUGGGGUUCUUCAAGAUAACGGGCGUGCAAUUACAGAGUUUGAAGAAGAGUUGAUAGCUAAUACUAUACUCCUAACCCGUACGUGGACUGAAAGGUGUUCAACGCAACUUCGUAUGUACGGGGAGCUGCGCGAUAGAAUGGCUCACCAUCAACUCCGCAAUGCUCUAAUCGAACAUGUUUGGAACCUCCCGGAACACGGCCGUCAACGUUGA